AUGUCUGAGGCCAUCAAUGCUGAACCAGAUAUGAACAAGAAGGUCAAGUUUAACAGAGAUGGAGUCAUUGGUGAUCACGACUCAACAGAGAGAGACCAGCUACAGACCAGUUACAACAUCCUGACUAAAGAGAGAGACCAGCUACAGAAAGAGAAAGAUGAUGUCAUGUCAAAGUUAUCUAAUCUGAAACAAACCUGUCCAGAAGGCUGGCAUACGUUUGAAUCCAGUUGGUACUUCCUGUUUACUAAGGCUAAAACCUGGGAGGAGAGCAGACAGGAAUGUGUGGAGAGAGGAGCAGACCUGGUGAUCAUAAACAGUGAAAAGGAACAGGAGUUUCUCUUCAACCUCAACAGUAGUUUUUGGAUUGGUCUGACUGACUCUGUUACUGAGGGGACCUGGAAAUGGGUGGACGGAAACCCACUGACCACCCCAAGGUUCUGGGGGAGUGGACAGCCUAAUGGUGAUGAGUCGGAGGACUGUGCGUUGUUCUCUCACAGUUCACCAGACCAAGGAAAAUGGCAUGACUAUCCGUGUUCAUCUAACCAUUACUGGGUCUGUGAGAAAUAGUUCUCUCUCACUGUUAGUUAUGAUGUUGAUUGUCACUCUGAAAGUCAUGAUACCAGCUACAGGACUUCAGAAAGUAUUCACAGCCUAGACUUUUUCCACAUUUUGUUGUUUACACGCUGAAUUUGUAAAUUGAUUAAAUUGAGAUUUUA